UUCUGAAAAUUCAUAAUCAUAAGCGAAGGCGGAAAAGGGAAAUAUGAAACUGAAGCCACCUGAAACAGUUGAGGAAGUAGAAAACUUCUACACACAGGCUUACUUCGAACUGGUUUGAUCUCACACAAACAAAUACAGGAAACAGUACGAGAAACCGCAAUCGCACUUUACCAGAACACGUUUACUGAACAAAUAGCUGUUUCCUUGAAAGCAAACACGUGACCUGCUCAAAAGUUUUGUUUGGGUUUUGUCCAAUCAAAAAUCGUAAGAUAGGAGAUUUGUAAACCACUUUCGGUGUUUUCUGUUUCAAUUUUGAACGCUUCAAGAAAGAUUCUGAAAGAAUCAGCUUAAGGAAGGAAUUAAAAGGCCUUUGAGAGCUUUUACAGCGAGGAUAAUGGCGAAAGGCAGAGGUCGCGGUCGCUUUUCUGACGGAGGGAACAAAUGUGGUCGUUGUUGUUCAGGAUUCAUGCGGCGUCUACGCAGUAACUUGUUGCUUGUACUCAUCGUCAUCGGUGUUGUGAUCGGCUUCGUCAUCGGAGCUCUCGUGAACGACCCUGUAAAUAAGAUCGAUGACAUGGAAGACAAGAAAACUGUGAUCAUGUUGAUUGGAUUUGCAGGCGAGUUGUUCAUGAACAUGCUCAAAAUGCUCAUCUUGCCACUGAUCGUGGCCAGCCUCAUUUGCGCUUUAGCUUCUCUGGAUGCAAAAGCCACCGGGCGUGUUGGGAGAAGGGCACUUAUAUAUUACAUAUCGACUACCAUCUUGGCUGUCAUUCUUGGAAUCGUCUUGGUUGUAAGCAUUCAACCCGGAGACACCAAGGUGGAGAAGGAAAAGAAAGACGUGGAGCGGAUUCGAACACUGGAUGCUUUCUUAGAUCUCAUCAGGAGCUGUUUUCCAAGCAACAUUGUUGCAGCAACCUUUCAACAGAAAAGAACCAAAUACACCACUGAUGAUGGAGAAUUUAAAUACGUCAAUGUGUCAAUGAACGGGACAAAUGGAACAACGAACACGAUAUUAAAGAAAGAGGUAGUGAGGAAAGGCUCUGAAACUGUCCCUAAUGGACUGCAAGUUGACCCUAAAGGUUCUAUUAAUGUAUUGGGGCUUGUGGUGUUUUCCAUUGUGUUUGGAAUUGUUUUGGGAAGAACAGGUGAGCGAGGAAUGCCUCUCAAAGCUUUCUUUGAAGCUCUGAAUGAAGUGAUCAUGAAGAUGGUGACUCUAGUUAUGUGGUUUUCACCGAUUGGUAUUUGCAGUUUAAUAGCAGCAAAAGUAGUGGCGAUGGACGACAUCAUUGAGUCUCUAAAUAUGGUGGGAUUGUACAUGGCGACAGUGAUAGCUGGUUUAUUUAUCCAUGCACUCAUCAUUAUACCAUUGCUGUAUUUGAUCGCAGUGCGUAAGAACCCUAUCAGAUAUAUGAUUGGUCUGAGAGAUGCUAUUAUUACAGCUUUUGGAACUUCUUCCAGUUCUGCAACUCUUCCCACUACAAUGCGCUGCCUUGAGGAGCAUAACAAAGUUGAUGCUCGUAUAAGCCGUUUUGUUCUGCCGCUUGGUGCCACAGUCAACAUGGAUGGCACAGCUUUGUAUGAGGCCGUUGCUGCUGUGUUUAUUGCCCAGGCCAACGGCAUUACACUGAAUGUUGGCCAGUUGAUAACAACAUGCUUCACUGCCACUGCGGCCUCUAUCGGUGCUGCAGGAAUUCCACAAGCAGGCUUGGUUACCAUGGUGCUUGUCCUUCAGGCUGUCAAUCUUCCUACUGACGACAUUGGACUCAUCUUAGCAGUGGACUGGUUUUUGGAUCGUAUCCGUACUGCUGUAAAUGUUGUUGGUGAUGCAUAUGGAGCUGGCAUAGUUGAGCACCUGUCACGGAAUGAUCUGAUGUCGAUGGACUACAGUGCACGAGAAGAAGAUAUUCCUCUGGAACCCUUUGAGAGGUACACACCCAAGAACGAGGAUGCCAAUAAUGUCCAUACCAGCGAUCCUUCUCUGAGGGCCACCAACUUCUAGAAGACAACCAGGGACUGCUGUUCCUUAGUGAAAUUACAUUUUGCUCUCACACUUCUGCUUAAGUGCUGGAUGUAAUAGUAGUAUUUUAAAGCCAGUUAGCCCCCCCCCCCAGUCCAACUACUGCCCUUUACAAAAAUUCCUCCAGUAAUGAGGAAUGAAUUCAAGUCCACAAACUUAUAUUUUACUUUUUACUCUUUAGGUUUAAUGUAAAGUAAUCUUGUGUCCACCUAUAAUAUUCUAGAUGCUAAGUUCUUUCAAAUAUAAGCUCAGCAAUUUUUUAGAUGCAAAAUUCCUUUUGAUGAUACACCACUUCAAAAAAUACAUAAGCUCACCCUAAUUAUGUUACUCAUUAUAUUGAAACUGGACUGGAAAUUAAAUGUAUAUCUCUCGCAAUCUUUUUUACUGGCAUUUUUUAAAAUAAUUGUUAUCAAGGAGUGCACAAGGACUGGACCAAACUUCAUUAUGCAAAAUGUUAAAUACAUGUACAUUAUUAGCUGUUUGUUUUGUUUUUAGCUGUUUUCUGAUUAUAAUUAUAAUGGAUGUCAUCUGCGACUAAAAUAGCCUCCUAUGCGAAUGCUGUUUGGGCUUGUCACACAAUCUUUCCUCUGCAUGUUGGGUUCAUCACACAAUCCUUCCUCUGCACGUUGAGAAGGAGUGCAUAAUGAGCCAUAAGAACGUCUGUGCAGGAGGCUACAACUAAAAACAGUUAACACAUAAAUGUAACUUGUGUUCCUGGAAAAAGCUUGUAAUAACAGGCCAUUUUACAGUUGCAUGCAUUGUUACCUGGCCUAUAAAUGCAAGUGAGGCUGGAGGUGCCCUUGCUUUGAUUCAGACCUCUCUGCUUUUCGCAUUUAAUGCCAACCAGUUAGCAUUAGAACAACUUGAUUUACACAACAAAAGCAGUGAAGUCUGUAUCAAAACAAGGUCACCUUCAGCCUUGCUGCCAUUCAAAUGCCAAGUCACUGAACAAACAGCUGUAAAAUGGUCAAUUCCACAUUGAUAAUAUAAUUGUAUGAAAUAGAAAUUUGAGCUAAUUUUACAUUACAAUUUAUUUAUGUAGGCAUUAACACAUAGCUGCAGAAUAACUAGCCUGCGUUGCAGCCUGACGUGUCACAAAAUCUCUGGCGGUUAAGACUGUGUGCGACGCAGGCUACAGAAUAACCUGAUGGCCAUAUUACUACAAAAUUACAUUUUCUGUGUUUACGGCAAGGCCUUCUGGGUCACAGUAGAAAUUAUCAUUAGUUUACAAAUUGGAAAGAACUUUGUGUGUGCAUGUUAAGGGCAGUGAGUGGUAAAUGCGAGACUGUGAGAAUGCAAGACCUGCAUCUUUCUUUGCUUGUAGCUUUUUACUCAGGCAGGGCCUCUUCAUGAAUGCUUGUAAAUUUUAGGAAGUUUUUAUAAGUUUUGUUAGCAUUAAAAAUUGCAAAGCAUAAUAUUUAUCACACUAAAAAGUAUGUAGGAUUUUAAUACAAACUGUAGAAGUCAUAGGUUUGGUUUAAUAAUAAAAAAAAGUUGUCAGUGGUGA